AUGCCAACAUACAAGAUCAGGGACAUCAAUGUGGAAUUCCCCUUUGAGGCGUACGAUUGCCAGCUUGUUUACAUGGAAAAAGUCAUCCAAUCUCUUCAAGAAAGGUCUAACGCUUUACUUGAGAGUCCUACUGGAACUGGCAAAACAUUGUGUCUUCUGUGUGCCACUUUGGCCUGGAGAAAGAGUUUGGGGGAUUUCUCGACUGGUAAGAGUGUAAAGAGAGUUCAGGACCCAGGUAACAAACACUCAGAAGAUUCAUCGUCACAGACAGAAUCAUCAAAGCUUCCUACAAUAAUAUAUACUUCACGCACUCACAGCCAGAUUCGGCAAGUAGUUCAAGAGUUGAAAAGAACCGUCUACAGACCCAAAAUGGUUGUAUUAGGAUCACGGGAGCAACUAUGCAUUCACCCAGAUGUAAGUCUACUUCAUGGAAAAACACAGACAAAUGCAUGUCACUUCCUAUGUCAAAAACGCACGAAACGAUAUUGUUCCCAUUUUCCUCGUGUCUCAGAAUUUGUGAAAAAUAAUCCUGGUCUAGGGGAUGAACCUAUCGACAUAGAGGACCUGGUCAAUAUUGGGAAAAGCAGUGGACCAUGCCCUUAUUACAUGUCACGAGAGCUCCAUAAGGUGGUUGAUAUCUUAUUUGCACCAUACAACUAUCUUAUCGAUCCUGGCAACAGAAAAUCUUUGAGCAUUGAGUGGGACAACAGUGUACUAAUAUUUGACGAAGCUCACAAUCUGGAGGGCAUAUGUGCAGAUGCUGCCUCUUUUGACCUACCUUCUGGGCUCUUAACAUCAUGCAUUUCUGAAGCACAAAACUGUGUAGACCUUGCUGUUGCAAGGAGAGAUGAAUCAAAUGACAAAUCAUAUAAUCCAGAUAAUUUUGCAAUUCUCAGAGCACUUCUUUUAAAGCUUGAGAAGCGGAUUGCUGAAGUUCCUAUUGACUCCAAAGAAUUGGGUUUUACCAAACCUGGCCCUUACAUCUAUGAAUUGCUUGGUGAUCUGAAUAUCACACACAAAACGGCCAAUAUGCUUCUUGAUACAAUUGAGGAGGCAACUGUACUACUUGAAGAAGAUGCAAAGACCACUGCUUCUCAAAAGACAAAGGGAACUGUGUGCAGGUUGGAGAGUAUAGGAGACAUACUUAAAUUAAUCUUCAAAGAUGAUGGUAACGCCCAUGCCAAACAUUAUCGUGUUCAUGUUCAGGAAGUUGAAGCAAGUUCCUCUGAUGCCUUUAAAGGCAAGGCAUCUAGAAUCUUCAGCUGGUGGUGUUUUAACCCUGGGGUUGCUAUGGAAGAAUUCUCCAGAAGAGGUGUUAGGUCUAUUGUAUUGACAUCAGGAACUCUAUCCCCUAUGGAUUCAUUUGCUGAGGAACUGAAGCUUGCAUUUCCAGUACGUUUGGAGAACCCUCAUGUUAUAUCAUCCAAUCAAUUAUGGGCUGGCAUCGUACCAGUUGGUCCAUCUGGUCAUCCAUUCAACUCUUCUUAUAGGACUCGGGAUUCUGCAGAAUACAAGCUAAAUCUGGGCAAUUCUAUUGUCAAUUUUGCUCGAAUUGUACCAGAUGGGCUGCUAGUUUUCUUCCCAUCGUACUACCUUUUGAACCUAUGCAUUGAUUACUGGAAGAACGUGAGUGUAACUUCAACAAAUUCCAGUACCAUAUGGGAAAGGAUCUGCAAACAUAAGCUACCGGUUGUGGAACCUAGACAAUCUUCUCUUUUUCCCCAGGCAAUUGAUGACUACAUGGCCAAGUUAAGAGACACCUCAAGUACUGGUGCAGUGUUCUUUGCUGUAUGUCGUGGAAAGGUAAGUGAAGGACUAGAUUUUGCUGACCAUGCUGGUAGAGCUGUUAUUGUCACUGGCAUUCCAUUUGCUUUGAGGAACGAUCCUAAGGUCCGGCUGAAACGUGAGUUCUUGGAUCAGCAGGUGUCUCAACGUAAAGGAUCCAAGGCUCUGACAGGAGAAGAGUGGUAUAGCCAACAAGCAUCACGGGCUGUUAAUCAAGCUGUUGGACGUGUUAUUCGACAUCGUCAUGAUCAUGGGGCAAUCAUUUUUUGUGAUGAAAGGUUUACAAAGCCAAGUCAUCAAUCCCAGAUAUCACUCUGGAUACAGCCUCACAUCAAGUGUUACUCAAAAUUUGGAGAUGUGGUCUUCACAUUGACCCGAUUCUUUCGAGAUGCUGCAAUUACCUGUCCCAAAAAGCAAAAGUUAACACAGAUCGAAGAAUCAGGUUAUAUUGCAGCAGCAGAUAAAUGUUGCUCUGUUGGAUCAUCAUCUAUGGCUGAUGUCAAGCGAGGCAGCCUUUCCUGUAAGCUUAGCGAAAUACUUCCUGCCAACCGCUCAAACAUUUCUCUUAAUACGCAAAAACAGAGACCGAUCUUAAAACAUACAAAUAAUCAACUUUCCGAGGAGAAGCUAUUUCCUGGGAAAGCACAUGUGCAAGGUGUAAAACCUGAAGUGGUUGAUUUGGCCGGAGAUGCUUUGCUAGAUGAAGAAUCAAGCAGCCAACUGACCGCACCCUAUUUUUUAAAGAAACGUAGAUUAGGAAAUGCUAAACAUGACAGCUUAUUACAACGGUGUGAGAGCUCUUAUGACGGUACCAAUGAAAGCAUACCACAUGGCAAAUUUUCUUCAAGUCCACAAUACGUUAAGAGUGGAAACAAGGAAGUUGUGCAAGAAUGUUCAACGUUGCAGGUUAAGAAUGAGAUGGCCACACAAAAGAGGAGUACUGAAUUUGUAUCUUCUGAAACCCGAAGUGCCAAAUCAACUUGUUCUCCUUGUGACGAUGAGGAGAAAAAAGGGUCUACUUUUCUUAUUCAGGUUCGAGAAAAGCUUAGUGAUGGAGAAUACAAAGAAUUUGUGGGAUUUAUGAAGGCACUUAAAUCCAAAGCCAUGAAGAUAGGCCAUGUUCUGCAAUGUAUCAUGAGACUAUUUUCUGCCCCUGAUAGACUUCCUCUUCUCCAAAGAUUUAAGGAUUAUAUUCCUGCAAAGUACCAUCCCUUGUAUGAACAAUGCCUCGAAAAAACCACCAAUGCGGCAGAUCUUUGACACAAGCUUCAAAGGUGAAGCGCCAUUAACUACUGGAAGCUGGAUGAGACCAUUGUUAUUGAAUAAGUC